AUGACGACACUGAUGUCCUCCACCAACGCCGCGAUGCCUAAGAUAUCGUACAUCAAGAGUAUAGACGUAUUCCUCGGCACGUGUUUUGUGAUGGUCUUCGCGGCCCUAUUAGAGUACGCGACCGUCGGCUAUAUGGGUAAACGCAUAGCCAUGAGAAAGUCCCGGAGCCAACAGUUGGCCAAACUGUUGAACGAGCACCGGCAAAAAUGUGUGGCCGCUUCCAUUGAUAGUGGCAUUGAGCCACCCAUUAGGACUUCCCUCUACUCCAAUCCGUGUAUACCCGCCCCCAGGAACGAAAUCCGAUACCGGAUCUCGGGCUCCAAGACACUGACGCGGACGUCAUCCCUGAAGGCCAAGCAACAGAUGGCUGCUGUGGACGGGGAUCUGGAGCUGAGCGGCGGCGACGACGCCCUCGUCACCCCCUCCACGCCCACUCAAUUGACGCCAUUCCGAGGGCCCAAGAAUCCCAACACCCUGUUCGGUGUGUGUCCCUCAGACAUAGACAAGUACUCGCGGGUGGUGUUCCCGGUCUGUUUCCUAUGCUUUAACCUCAUGUAUUGGAUUAUAUAUAUGCAUAUCAGCGACUUCUUGACCGAUGAACAGAUGAACAACGAGUCGUAGAACUCGAAGAAUAUUCUUCAUAUGUGUAUAUAUAGUGCAAGAAUUUAAUCCAAUUUUUAUA